AUGUCUAUGAACCCCGAGUCCGCUACUCCCCAGCAGGGUGAGUUCCGCAGCAAGGUCGCUCCCGCCGAGCCUCUCAUGAAGGGUGGUCACGCUCCCGGAGUCCUCGUCGGCAACGAGGCUGCCCCCGAGUUCCAUGCUGAGAUGCAUCCUCCCGGUACAGCCCCUCCUGAGAACACCUUCCAACCCAACCCCGAGUCCGAAAUUCCAGCUCAAGCCUCCGGUAAUGAGGGCGCCAUUCCCGCUGCUGCAACUCUUGGAGGAGCUACCUCUGCCGACGUCCACACCGGUCUAGGCAAGCCCGCUGCCGGACAGACUAGCCAGGAGCUGCACGGCACAGAGAAGAAGAACCGUUCCGGUCUUGAGGGUGUUGGUGCCAACCCUUCAGAUCCCAUCCACGACAAGGGCGCUGACCGAGAUCACCCUACCAACUAUCGUGGAAAGGGUGGUGAGAAUGCGCUGGAUUACGCUGGUGCUGAAGACCGUGAGCCUGCCAAGGCUGAGGAGGUUGCAAGCGAGCGUCGUUAA